UUUUGAGGAAAAAAGAAGCCAUAUUUUACGGAAAUGGGAUUUGAAUUUGUCCAUCCUCUGAGAAGGAAAAAAAAUUAAAAAAAAAAAAUUAUUCUGAUGAAGAGAUAGAUCUAUGAGCUUCUUCAUGAUGAACUCUUCAGAAGAAAAAAAACAAUCUUUCCCAAUGAACCAAAAUGGAAGAUGACAAAGAUGAUAUCUUAAUAUUAUUUCUCAUUCUUUGAUAUUUAAUUCCCUGUUUUCAUGCACAAAUGCCUGUUGCAGACCCCACUUCCGGGCCCUUGUUUAUAUGGCUUGUCUCUUGUUUCUUGUUUACCUGUAUUACUGCUGGUGGCAUCUUCCUCCUUCUCUACCUUGUCCUCCCUCAGAAUGAAGCUACAUCUUGGCUUCCUAUUGCCGGUGUAACCCUAGUUUGCCUCCCUUGGAUUUUUUGGUUCAUCACUUGUUUUUACCGUAUUGUUUCUCGGGCCCUCGGAGUUAGGAUGGUUCUCGGUGGUGGCAGCAACAGCGGUGGCAAUGCCCGUGCUCGUUCAAACGUUCUUAAUACAUCAGCGAGUGUAGCAUCGCGUGAGCCUGAGACAGCCGACUCGCCAUUAGAGUCUGCAGCUCAAGAAGGAGAUGGAAGGCAUGUCCAAUUUGGAGAAGCACUGGUGUUGGGAGAGGGUGAUGAUGAGCAUGAAAAGAAUGCAAAUUUGAGGAGUUUAUCAACUAGCAUUUCCAGCAAUAAUUUGUCUAUUGAUCCUCAUAAAAGUGAAAUGCCUUUGACCUCAGAUAAGGCCUCCUGAUGAUUUCCAUUACUUUGAAACUGAAGAAAUUCUCCUAAUCCAUGAAUAGGGAUUUCAUUCGCUAUUUGCUUUUUAGCCCUUCCUCCAUUAGAUUAGAACAACUGAUGCAUGCAUAUACAGAUUUUUUCAACAGUAUUCCAUUAGAUGAAAUGUAGAUUCUAUCCUGAGAAUUAAUGGUCUUUGGAGAUGAUCAAUUCCAUUUCUCAUCCAUAGAUUUUCAUAGGUUAUACAGUAGAUCAUUUCAUAUAAAGUUCAAAUAUGACUUGUUUUUUUCUUUUUACUCCUUUUUGAGAUUGCAAUACCCAACUAAUUUGGGAUUGAAGCUUAGUUGUUGUUCGAGAUUACAAUAGACAAGUAGCACUGUAAGAUAUCUUACAUUUCUCAAUAGACAGACGAGCAUUCUCCCUCUCUCUCUCUC